AUGGCAUCAAAUUCAUUGAACUACGAAGUAGCAUUGAAGAAAAAGCUGCAGCUCUUCCUACAGGAGAUGGCACAGUUUGGGACGUUGCAAGGUUUUAAACAUUUUAGUUGCUAUGUCAGGGGCAAGGAGGAACUGCUUAUAACAGUUAACAAUAGUUUGCAGAGUAGCUCAUCUGCCCUGGCAGAUUCGACUUCUAGACGACAGUCCCUGGCUGGCUACAGUGAUAGCUUUACAUCAUCUCAGCUGCCUUAUGACAAGCGCUCGCUGCUCCUAUCACACAACACACAAAAAGGGUUGAGCAACUUCAGAGAUGAAGAUGUGGGGCUGCCACCAGCUUCUCCAUCGGAGCUGGAGAGUCCUACGGGAGAUGAUGUGACGAUGUUUCUACUGGCUGGCUAUGCAAGAUACUCUUGUCCCUAUGUCUGGGUCAGGUCAAACCACGACAGGCUGUUCAGAUUAUCUGGGAACAAAGAUGGUGACAAAGAUAGUCCUCUCAGACUAAAAUCUACAGCCAGGUGGAAGGAUGGAGACAUCAAGGUUGCAGACAUUGUUGCAGAGGUUGUAAAACUGAGCACCUUUCCUGCUCCCAGAAACCCCUUUGAAGUUGACCUGGAGUAUUUCCAUUCCCUGACCCAGCCUGAGCAGUUCCUGUCAUCCGGCGCCAUGACCUGUUACCUGCAGAAAGUUGUCGUCCACACUCCCAGCACUAAGUACUACGCUGGCAAAGUUUUUGAAGAACUUGGCCGGGUAUCAAAGUUCCACUUCAACAGCUUAAGGGAACUAAUUGCAGAAGGCAAGUUUCAAGUUCCCCAGCCUAAACCGACUGAACAAAUUCUAAUGACAUCUGAGUAUCUUCCAUCCCUGCAUGGUUCAGGUCUGUCCAGUAGACAGAGGUUCCAGCCAGUGCCUACUCCAAAACUUAACCAACCUGAUCAAAGUUUUCAACCAUCAAGACCGAGUCACCAGACCCCUUCAAGUCAAGUCUUUAAUCCAUCACCAAGUCAGGUCAAUCCACAGCAGCAAAGUCAGGCUGUUCAUCCAGCACCACGUCAAGUUAUGAAUCCACCGCCACAUCAAAUCCACUCAGCAACAAGUCAGGUACAACAUCUACCGUCUACUCAGGUACAGCAUCUACCUUCACAGGUGUUGCCACCGUCAACCCAGGUACAGCAUCCACCAUCACAGAUAUUUCCACCAUCAAACCAGAUACAGCAUCCACCGUCUCAGAAUUUGCCACCAUCAACCCAAGUACAACAUCCACCAUCGCAGGUGAUGCCACCGUCAACACAGGUACAACAUCCACCAUCGCAGAAUUUGCCACCAUCAAACCAGCUACAACAUCCACCAUCUCAGAAGUUGCCACCAUCAACACAGGUACAGCAUCCACCAUCAACCCAGGUACAGCAUUCACCAUUGCAGGUGAUGCCACCGUCAACACAGCUACAACAUCCACCAUCUCAGAUGUUGCCAGCAAGUCAUGCUCAGCCCCCACUGUCUCACCACUUGCCACCCCCACCUUCCCAGGCCCAGCCACCAGCCCCACACUUCUCCACCCCUGCUGUGCUCCUCACCUCCCCCACACAUACACCUGUCACCAUCCUGCAAACUCUCCAACACACCUCCACUAGCCCCACCUUCUCAACAGUAUCCCAACCAUCAAAUGCCCCAUCUUUGCAGUCCUAUUUUCAAUCUUCUUCAAAUUUCCUCCCUGCAGCCAUGCCCACAGUACAUGCCCAGACACCCACCACACAUCCACGGAUAGCCACACCCAUCACACCACAUCCCCAGAUAGCCAUACCCACCUCACUACAUCCCCAGAUAGCCACACCCACCUCGCUACAUCCCCAGAUAGCCUCACCCACCUCGCUACAUCCCCAGGUAGCCCCACCCACCUCACUACCUCCCCGCCCCACCAUCCCACCACCAACUUCCUCAUUUAACCCCUACCAGCAAAACUUCCAAUCUACUCGCGCCAUCAGACCUGUACUAUACCCACACCCAACCCAGCAGCCCCCUCUGGUGAACACUUCUGAACCUCGUGAUGUCUCUGGCAUCACCUAUGGCAGGGGACCUCGAGGUGCCUUCCCCGGAGGAUUUGAAAGAACUCCAGCACCUAGUAUGUUUUAGGUUUCAACAAAGAUUACAGGGACAGCAUUGGCGGAUGGUACAGCUCACAGCUGUUAACCUGAAAGUUUUAAGAUCAAAGCCCCAACUCGAGUCUGUAGAAUUUCCCUGAGUCCACCCAACGCUAAUGGGUACCUGAAAGCUAAGAUGGCUGGGCAAAGUGCUGACCACACUAUCCAUCUGAAGUCAUUGAAACAAAUAAACUCUACUUCAUCUUCCCCAUGAUCCUUGGGGAUGAACUGAAAAAGACUACGAUGAAAGAUUAAACAGUCAUCAAUUAUUUUAUAUUUAUAACUUGCUUACUGAAAUAUUUUACUAUAUAAGAGUUCAUAUUUUUCAUAAGGAGAGCUUUUAAAAUU